UCCUUCAUGCUCUGAGUACUGGAGAGAAAGGAUUUGGUUAUAAGGGUUCCUGCUUUCACAGAAUUAUUCCAGGAUUUAUGUGCCAGGGUGGUGACUUCACAAGCCAUAAUGGCACUGGUGGCAAGUCCAUCUACGGGGAGAAGUUUGAUGAUGAGAACUUCAUCCUAAAGCAUACAGGCCCUGGCAUUUUGUCUAUGGCAAAUGCUGAGCCAAACACAAACGAUUCCCAGUUUUUCAUCUGCACUGCCAAGACUGAGUGGUUGGAUGGCAAGCACGUGGUCUUUGGGAAGGUGAAAGAGGGCUUGAACAUUGUGGAAGCCAUGGAACGCUUUGGGUCCAGGAAUGGCAAGACCAGCAAGAAGAUCACCAUUUCCGACUGUGGACAACUCUAAUACAUUUGACUUGUGUUUAUCUUAACCACCAAACCAUUCCUUCUGUAGCUCC